AUGGAGGCUGCGGGUCGUUCCGCAGAACGUUUUGGACCUGGUGGCGACGCCGCCGCAGCCGCCGCAGCCGCCGAUGACAGUGGCGUGUUCCACGAGACGGAUGACAUAUCGGACAUCCUUAACGUUGGGCUGGGUGGACUGCCCACUCUGUCGGCGUCGGGGCAGUUGUCAAUUUUGUCGGCAUCUGCUCAGGAGUUCAAACCGGGAGGCCACGGCGACGCCAUCCUUCCGUUGCCCGCAGGGGACCCAAGCCAUGCGGGAAGCGUUGAGCACGAGGCUUGGCAUGGUGAGAGUGCCUGGGAGGAGGGCGAGCUGACCGCCGUUUCACCGUCAGAGGAGGUUCAGCUGUACGACGGCAAGGGGCAAGAGGAGGGGACGGGGCAAGACCAAGACGCGUACUACGCAGAGGUACAGUUGGAGGCGGAGGUGCUAGAGGUCCUGGCGGAAGGGUUCUCGGACUGUUCCCCGGAGAGCUUGCAGGUUGCGCUGGCAAAAAGCGACUGGAACCUGGAUCGAGCUUCCGCUGCUGUCCUCCUGGCACUCCAGAUCGCUUGCGACGCCUCUCUAGCCGUCAAGCCCUGCCGACACCUCCUGCUAGAUGGAGAGUGCCGGAGGAGCGACUGCACCUUCAGCCACGACUUCGCCACUACCCCCUGCCGUUACUGGCUGCAGGGAUGCUGUGUCAACUCCUCGGACGAUUGUUACUUUAUGCACGACUUGGUCGUUCCCGACGAAGCAGCUGGAUUUUCUCCACCUGACUGCGAGCCGGGCAUAACGGCGGAGGAGAGCGGUGGUGGCGGCGGCAGCAGCAGCGACGAGAGACAACUGUCCGGGGUUGACCAAUUCCCGUCCUUGCCGUCAACGGCAACGCGGCUCUCUCCGCCAAUCGACGGUGAUAUGGUCGGCACUGAGGGCAGUGCUCCAUAUCAAACGCCAUCGUCCACUAAGAACGGUGUCAGCGGAGUCGCUUUGGACACGAUUGCUGCGGUUGCUGCACCUUCUGACGCCGGAGUCUCCGGGCCGCGGAUAGGGGACGACAGUCCGGCUACAGAAAGAGAGGAAGCAGAAGAAGGAUGGAAUGAAAAGAAGGAUGACAAGGACGUUUUGCUUGCGGCGGUAUCAGCGCCGAAAGGGCAGCAACGGGGCCGCGGGCGGAAAGGAGGACGAGGUCGUAAGACACGCUUCACCGCGGUCAACCUCCAGGCAUUGUUGAAACCCGGUAGUCCCCACGCAAAAACAUCAACGCCGGAAAACGCUUUCCACCCGCGGGAGAUGAGCUCGGGAAUAGCCCAACAGGAUGGAGGCGGCGGUUCCAGCCUGAGCGCGGAGCCGGGCAUAUCCUUUGCCGAUGUCGUGGGCUCGUCAUCAUGCCCAGCGGGAAGCGCCAAUGGGCUUGGAAGGGCCGCGGCAGUCGCGUGUCCGUCCCCCUAUGCGUGGAGGAGAGCCGUCGGAGAUGACCGAUACCCCCCUGCUGUCGUCGGAGGUGGAGGCGAAUGGGUUUCGACGGGAGAUGCGGUGGGGAAGCAGUACCAGCAAGCCAGGGAAGAUGCGGCGGAGUUGGCGAGGGCACGGAACAAGUUUUUCACUUCGGCCACAGAGGCGUUCCGAAGGGGAGAUGGGUUGCUCGCACGCGAUCUGGCCCGUCGCGGGAGAGAGCUGAACUUCAGGAUGAAAGAAAAACAUCAACAAGCUGCCGAGUAUAUUUUCGGCGCCAGAAACCCGGGUGAUCAGGUAUGCUCCACAUUCGACAAUGCUCGACGUCAAAGAUGA